AUGGGGGCCUCACAGCCCAGCAGCGGCAACCCGUCGCCACCGAACUCCGUAACCGCCAGAUCCAGCGUUGGCACCCUGGGCGGAGACGAACGCGACGGCGGUCGACGCCGCAGACAAAUGGAGGAGAUUCUGGCCCAGCAUUACGGUGCUCUGAAGCGGUUUCUAAACGCCGCGAACCGCAACGACCAGAAUGCUAGCCGCUCUAACAAGGCUCGCGACAAGCUGCUGCGACUCUCACCCACCCAGUUCCACGAACUCAGUACCGAUGUCUACGAUGAGUUGAUCCGUCGCCAGAAGGCCAAUCCCCCCCCCCAGGCCGUCCGCCUCGUCCCGAUGUUCCUCCUUUCCUCCCUCCUCGACCGGAUUUCCACGAAAAGCGUAACCAGGCUCGCUCGAAGCUCGCUUCGCUUCAACAUGGUCGUUUCCGUGACUUGGCGACGGAUGUAUACUGUGAGCUGGAGCGCCGGUUUCCUCAAUUUACGGGCCGUCGUCCCCCGAAUAUGCCUCCGGAUGGUCGCCGUUCGCAGUCUCGGGGCCCUCCAAGGAAUCGUGGCUAUCCAUCUGGACCCCCCGGCAGCCCUUUCCCACCGCGACAAGGGUCCCUUGGCGGAGCUCCUCCCGGAAUGA